AAAACGAUGGCUGCUCACGUGCAGCAGCGUGAAGUACGGUAAAGCCAGACAUGGAGAGGGAAGAGCGAGAGAGAGAGAGAGGGAGAGAGAGAUACAGGAACAAAGAGUGACAGGGGAAAAGGAGACAAUAAGUAACUAGUAUUUAGCACACUGCCAUUGUUGCAACAAUCAUUUGCUCAAAUCAUGCUUCUGAGGGUGAAAAGCUAAUUUUACAAAAUGUAUUUUUUAUUAAAUUUUUAGUAUAAUCUUUAUAGAACAAAAUAGUACACCAAGUAUUCACGAUCACUGCUGCUAGCUUUCAGGGGGUAGUGCACUUUGGCCAACUGAAAAAUGGAAUUCUGUUUUUGGACACUUGAUGUUCAUAGUGCCGUUUUCCGGUCCGGCCUAUACUUGAGGAAAACUUCUUCGGUCCGGUACACCCAAUUGCAUCCUGGCAUCUCCGAUCGGAGGACAUCACGAAGGUCACAAACAGUUGGGGAAAGUUGGCAACGUUUUAAACUAAACAAAUCAGUUUUUCGGACCAAUAAUCCAAUCCACCCAUGAUAAAAGAUUUAAAUUUUAAAUCGCCCUUUAGACUACGAAGUAGAACACACCCCCUCAUGCUGCCAGAGAGCAAUACUAAGUUCGAGCGCGACACAACAAACUUGUCCGUGCCGUAGGUCUGUAGGUCUCGGUGAUAGAGCACACCGCGCGCGCACACCACAUUAUAAUUAUCGUUUAGCACAGCUCUUCCAGCACAACGGCAAGCUGACGCGGAACGGCAUACACGAACGUUCCGCGCGCGCGUCCGGCUGAUUAGUGGCGGCUUCCGAACCGUUUGACUAUUUUUUUUUCUCUUCUGUCCCUUUCCUAUUGUGGGGAUAAAGAAACGAGAGAAGCGAUUUAAUCACGCAAAACACUUGCGCUGAAUGGGCUUUUGUUUGGCUUAGGGAACGUUACCUAUUCGCGUUCUUUUGUGAAUGGAUGAAACAUUUGUUUAAAUUUGCCUGAAGCAUUACGAAUGGAAUGGUUAACACUUUCGUUCGUUAAUUGGAAAGCUAUUUUAGCCUGUUGGUAUGUUUCGUGUAGAGAUUUAGAUAAUUUAAAGUACCAACAGCACGUAGUAGAACAUACCCUAGCGCAUCGUCUUUAUCUCCGUCUUCAUCUUAUCAGUUGCCGCAGGGCUUGAGUUGAGGGCUUUGGCCCAUUUGUUGUCGCAAGCGUCCCUCCUAGUGGGUGUGUGAGUAGAAAUACUAAACUUCUGUUAAAAAAGCCAUCCGGGAAGAACCGAUCUCCCGCCGGAACUGUGUCCUUAUAAAAUGUGUGCCUUCUAUACGAAAUCAAAGUGGAGAGAAGCGGUUGUAGUCGUUGUGGCAACAGGAGGUGGUAAGGUGUCGCGUUGCUUUAUCCGUCGUCGUUGCCUUGGUUCGUUAGGCGGUUUAGGGACAAAAGAAGCGUUACGCGUAGGUUGACGUAAUGGGGAGAGGCGCACCUUUGCCUAGUACUUGAACGGUUUGAUAACGGUCGUUUUUCCAGGCCAGGCCAGGUAGGAGUUUAGUUAGGCGAAACAAUCGGCGAAGGAAGGGAACCGUCCGCGAACGUCGGUUGGUCGCGAGUGGCGUCGUAAGGCGACCGUAGAGGAACAAACGAACACAAACCCACCCACCCGAAUCAUGUAAUAAAGCUAGUUUGCUCUUCCCUCCUCAGUAAUAAUGCUGGCCGUACAUGUUUUACUCGCUGUGAUCGAACUGUUAACUCCGACAGCGUGCAGUUAAAAUGCUGAAAAUGUUGCGCGUGCGAAGAUCUUCCCGGAAGACUCGUAGCAGGUCGGAAGAUGACACGGCCUCCACGUACUAUGAAGAUUACGAUCCGUUCGAUUACAUCUACACCGGUGGCACGCAGUAUUCCGAUCCGGUGUAUGAAGCGGUCGUGAAUCGGUCGCUCUCGGACAAAGCGGCCACCCCACUAUCCCCGCCAGCUUCGCUGUACGGUGCCCUGUCGGGCAGCUGUUCGUACGGUUGGGUGUCGGCCCCGGUAGAAGCAACCGCCUUAUCACCGGUGGGCACGGAAGAUGGCGAACCACCACCACUACCGCCGCGCAAUUCCACCGGUGGCUACUGUCACACGAUGCUCCGCGGUGUCCCAGCGGGACAGCCGGAUGAUCAAUCCAACUAUGAGCUCAUGCAACGGAAGCUGGCCCCGGCGAGUGGCGUUGAGCGGCGCACGACACCGUACAAGCUGUACGAGAACGUGGUGAUUGUGAAGAGCUACGACAAGGAAUUGAUUGCGUUCUAUAAUAUGGUGAAGCAGCUGAGAGCGCAAUAUCGAAGCGAUGAUCCGACGAGCAACGUGGGCCACAUUGUGGCGGCCGAGUUCGAGAGUCGUUACGUGGAGGGGACAAGCAUUAAGCUGCUGGUACAUCCGGCCCUCGAUUGCUUUGCCGGCGGGGAUCAAACGAAGGGGCAAAUUGAUGGCUACGGACCACCGAUACCAUUUACCUGUGAUAUUACGACAACGGUGGAACAUGUGAUUGCCCAGGUGUACUGUGCGCUCGAGGGCCAAAUCCGCAACACGGUAAGCGAUUACGCGCUGAAAGCGAUCGGCAUCCAGGAAAUCCUGUGCGUCCGGUCCCGGCUGAACCAGCUCCAGUGCGUGCACGACAGCAUCAAGCUCGAGCACGACGUGCAGCUGGGCUUUAUCCCGAAAACGGCACGCACGAUGAAGGUGAUCGCCCGCACGGCGCAGGACGAUACGAACGAGGCCGAGAUGCGGCUGGAACAUCUGCUGCCCAAAGAAACGGCCAACGCGAUCGGGUACGACGAUCUUAUGAUACUGCUCGAAACGCUCGAGGCGGAAAUCGAUAAGCUCCAGUCGUCGGCAGACGAUGGCCCCUCUGGCCGGACGAUACUGACGUGUUCCGGUGUGAUACAGGCGGUUAAAGCGAUCUGCAAUCUGCUCGGACCGCUCGAUACGCUGGAGAUCGCCAAAUCGAUCGAAGAUUUAAGGGCUUGCUGUGAUCAUGGACAAACCGUGUACAGCUACCGGGACAGUGUGGUGGACGAGCAGACGUAUAGCAAUGGUAGUUUGGCGAUCGUGUCGGAGAGUGGUGAUUAUGCGGAGGUGAAGCUGAGGCCUCGCACCAUCCCGGAACAGAUCCGCUACCGGUGUAACGAGGUGCGGCACGCCAUUCAGAGCUUGCUGGAGAUCUACGCGCAAGCGUUCCGGGUUAACUUUGGCGUGAAUGUGCCGGAGUACAACACGAAUCCGAUCUCGAUCUGUAACAUCUCGCAGGCGGUGAUGGUGAAUGUGUCGUGUCUGCAUCGGCCACCGAUGCACUGGCGGCACGACGAGUACAAUCUCGGUGUGCAAAUCUAUCACGGUGCAAGAUACAUUAGUGAACCGUACGUGGUGCAGUGUUCGAAUGAGCUUUCCGGCAUCUAUCCGCGGCUUACGUUCAACUCGUGGAUAAUGUUUCGCAACCCGGUGUGCACGUUGCCCCGUGAGGCUCGUCUAGUGUUGGUGCUGUACGGGUGUAUCCGGGAGCCGGUGGAUGGUGGCGGAAGUGAUGGAGGCACGGCGGGCAGUGGGACGGGGACAGCGGCACCGGGUGAUAGUUCCGGUCCGGAAGGACGCAUGACAAAGGUGGAGUUGGGCUGGAGUUCGUUGCAAUUUUUCGAUUUCGAGCGUAAGAUGGUGCAAGGCUCGUACCUGCUACCGAUGUGGCCACCAACGACGGACAAAUUCUUCGGCCCAGCACCAUCCAAGGGGACGUACCCGAUAGGGGGCAGCUAUCCAAUACUGGGCAUCGAAAUCCCGAGCUACGGUGGAGCGGUUGUGUUCCCGGAACCGAUACGAAACUUGCCUCCGGUGGUGCAGCUGGACUUUGCCAGCCUCGAUCGUAACCUGCAGCAAGAGCUGAUCGAUACAGCCGAGCAGGGCUACUCGUCGGACAAGCUGGAAAAGCGUGAAGUGCUGUGGGAAAAGCGUCACUAUCUGCACCGAUUCCCGCACGCGCUGCCGAAGAUUCUGCACGCAGCGCACAGCUGGGACUACGCUUGUCUGACGGACCUGCAUGCGCUGAUAAAAUCCUGGACGGCGUUAAGCCCCGUCCAGGCGCUCGAGCUGCUGUUGCCACGCUAUCCCGAUCUGGAAGUUCGUCGGCAGGCGGUGGAAUGGAUCUCGGCAAUGGCGAACGAUGAGUUCGUGGACUAUUUGCCCCAGCUGCUGCAGGCACUGAAGCACGACACGUACGAAGGAUCUCCGCUGGCAAUGUUGCUGCUGAGAAAGUCGCUCGAAUCGCCAAGGAUUGCUCACCAUCUGUACUGGUUGCUGCUGCACAGCUUGCCCGGAGAAGCGCCCCAGAACAUGAUCGAUGCUCAGGAAACGGCCUGCGAUGAAGUGCUCAUGAACCAGGCCCGCUACCACAGACGCAAUCAGCUAAUGCUGCGCGCUCUGCUGGCGAUUUGUGGCGAAAAGCUAACGGGAAGAUUCCUCUCGCAGAACAUUAUGUGCAAGCGAUUGGGUGAGGUGGCGCAGAGCGUAAAGCUGGCGAAGGACUCACAUCGUCUGCAGGUUCUGAAGCAAGGGCUCGAGUCGGUCAAUCAGAUGCUGAUCGACAGCCCGACCGUGCUCCCGCUCGAACCGGGCGCCGAAGUGACCGGAGUGGUGGUGCGCAGCUGCAACUACUUCAACUCCAACACGCUCCCGCUGAAGAUUAAUUUCGCCGGACCGGAUAAGGUGAUCGUGCCGGCCAUAUUUAAAGCGGGCGAUGAUCUACAGCAGGACGCGCUAACGAUCCAGAUGGUGCGCAUUAUGGAUAAGAUGUGGCUGAGGGAGGGGCUCGAUCUGAAGAUGGUGACGUUCAACUGCGUUCCGACCGCGUACAAGCGCGGCAUGAUUGAGCUGGUGUCCGAUUCGGAAACGCUGCGCAAGAUACAGGUCGAAUGGGGCGUGACCGGGUCGUUCAAGGAUAAAUCGAUUGCCGAAUGGCUUGCCAAGCAAAACCCAAGCCAGCUCGAGUAUCAGCGAGCGGUCGACAACUUUACGCGAUCGUGUGCGGGCUACUCCGUCGCCACGUACAUUCUCGGCAUUUGUGAUAGGCAUAACGAUAACAUUAUGCUCAAAACGUCCGGCCAUCUGUUUCACAUCGAUUUCGGCAAGUUUCUCGGUGACGCGCAGAUGUUUGGCAAUUUUAAACGUGAUCGAACGCCUUUCGUACUGACGUCCGAUAUGGCGUAUGUGAUAAACGGUGGCGAUCGACCAUCGGCCAAGUUCCACCAGUUCGUCGAUCUGUGCUGCACGGCAUUUAACAUCGUCCGGCGGCACAGUGAUCUGCUGCUGCACAUGUUUGCGCUGAUGACCACGUCGGGAAUUCCGGGCGUAACGGUCGAGGCAGUCAAUUACGUCCGCAACGCGCUCCUGCCCGGCCAAUCGAAUCCCGAAGCAGCGGCAACGUUUGCGAAGAUGAUCCACAUAUCGCUCAAGUCGUGGUUUACGCAGUUCAACUUCUUCCUGCACAACAUUGCCCAGAUGAAGUUUUCGGCCGAAACGGGCGAUGGCGAGCUGUUGAGCUUCAUUCCGCGUGUCUAUACAAUGGCACAGGAUGGCCGUCUGAAGACGGUCUACGUACACGGGUUUCAGAAACGAUACGAUCAGGAAAAGUAUUACACAUACAUUCUGCGGGUGGAACGACAACAUCAGCCGGAUGCAGCCUAUCUGUUUCGCUCGUACAAGGAGUUUUGCGAGUUCCAUCAGAAGCUCUGCAUGCAUUUCCCGCUAGCCAAGCUGCAUAGCCUGCCCUCCGGCAUCCAUGUUGGCCGCUCGAACGUUAAGGUGGUCGCCGAACGUCGUCUUCCAGAGAUACGCCAGUUUCUCAUCUCGUUGUUUAACUCGGCGGACGAAAUUGCACAUUCCGAUCUAGUUUACACCUUCUUCCAUCCGCUGUUGCGCGACCAGCAGGAAGCUGACAUUAAUUCGGCCAAAGUGAAGGGUACACCGGCACCGAUGGAGGACGGACAACCACCGCAGGUUGGUGGGAAGAUAAAGAUUUCAAUGCAAUACCACCGGGACACGCUGAUCGUGAUGAUUCACCAUGUGCUGUCGCUGCCAAACACGCCCGGUGGCCAACCGCCCAACACGUACGUGAAGGUGUACCUGAAGCCGGACAGCUCGAAGGCGACCAAGCGUAAAACCAAAGUGGUGCGGAAGAACUGCAAUCCUAGCUUUAUGGAAACGCUGGAAUAUCGACUCCCGCUCGAGUAUAUCCAGAAGAAGGUGCUGCAGGUGACGAUCUGGUCGCACGAUUCGCUGCAAGAGAAUGCAUUCCUCGGUGGCGUUGAGCUGCCGCUGGCCGAAAUAGAUUUACGACGCGAAACGAUACAGUGGUACCAGCUCGGUUACCUUUCGCGUGUCUAAACCGGUACAAAUCGGGUCAUCGGCUCUGUACAAUGUCCAAUGGUUUUUUUUUUGUUUCCUCCUUUUCUCGUAUUAUUACCGUUGCUGUGCAUUUCUUUAUUCUAAUUGCCUUUAUGUUUAAAACCCCCGUUUCUGCUAGUAGUUUGUCACAGUAUACUCAAAAGCCAGGAAAGAGAGGUGUCUAUGGUCUAAAACAGGUUGUGAAAGCGGGAUGUGUGAGGUAGCGGAGAAAGGACGGAAAAAGGAAUUGUUGAUAUGCACUCUAAUUAUAUCCCUGUUACUUGUUAGCUGCUUAACCGAGACACAGACACAGCGAAAGUUUUGCAAUCAUAUCAUACCUUAAGAACAGAAUUAGCUGCAGCAACUCUAAUCGUAGGUUUACGCUUGCCAGAACAGAACACGCUAUUUAAGAUAACAAUCGUUUUUUUUAGUUCAGGAAUUGUCUUUUUUUCGCAUUUUCUUGAUCGUUUAGGAUACAUUAUACACCGAUCGAACCGCCGGGAUAGAAAAGGAUACGAUUAUGAUGUGCAUUCGUGAGGUUGCUUUUUGUGCUUUCGUAGCUGCCCCCUCCCUUAUGUGUUGUGUUAACAAGAGGAUAUUUUAUUUAUUACUGUAUACUACGGCACAUCGACUGACACAGGGACAAACCAGCGUUUGUGUGUGUGUGCGUGUUCCUGACCUGAUGUUGAUCGAAUCGAAAGAAGAUAAAUGAGAAGAAAAUAUAUCUAUACUAAAUCAAAAAAA